AUGAAGAUGCUAACCAAAUUUGAAUCAAAGUCCACUAGGGCCAAGGGUAUUGCCUUCCACUCAUCUAGGCCCUGGGUUUUAGUGGCACUUUUCUCGUCAACUAUUCAAUUAUGGGAUUACAGAAUGGGUACUCUUUUACACAGGUAUGAGGAUCACGAAGGUCCCGUUCGUGCCGUAGAUUUUCACCCAACUCAACCAUUGUUUGUUUCCGCUGGUGAUGAUUAUAACAUUAAAGUUUGGUCUCUAGACACCAACAAGUGUUUAUAUACACUAACAGGCCAUUUAGAUUACGUUCGUACCGUGUUCUUCCAUAACGAAUUACCGUGGAUCAUUUCAGCCUCAGAUGACCAAACCAUUAGAAUUUGGAACUGGCAAAACCGUAAGGAAAUUGCAUGUUUAACUGGUCAUAACCAUUUCGUUAUGUCUGCACAAUUCCAUCCAACUGAAGAUCUUGUAGUGUCAGCCUCAUUGGAUGAGACUAUUAGAGUUUGGGAUAUCUCUGGUUUGAGAAAAAAACAUUCUGCACCUGGUGCAACAAGUUUGGAGGAUCAAAUGCUCAUGCAGCAAAAUCUUUUGGAUGGCGGAUUUGGUGACUGUGUGGUUAAAUUUAUCCUUGAAGGUCACACUAGAGGUGUUAAUUGGGCCUCCUUCCACCCAACGCUACCAUUGAUUGUAUCUGGUGGUGAUGACCGUCAAGUUAAACUAUGGAGAAUGAGUUCAACAAAGGCAUGGGAAGUAGAUACCUGCAGAGGUCAUACAAACAACGUGGACAGUGUCAUUUUCCAUCCUCAUCAAAAUUUGAUCAUCUCUGUGGGAGAGGAUAAAACCUUAAGAGUUUGGGAUUUGGAUAAGAGAACACCAGUAAAACAAUUCAAGAGGGAAAAUGACAGAUUUUGGCUCAUUGCAGCUCAUCCUCACAUUAACUUGUUUGGUGCAGCUCAUGAUUCGGGUAUCAUGGUUUUCAAGUUGGAUCGUGAAAGACCAUGCAGCGUUAUUCAUCAAAAUGAAUUGGUUUACGUGAAUAAGGAAAAACAAGUUCAAACCUUCGAUUACACCAAUAACGUCUCAUCUUUGCCUUAUGCCUCUUUAAAAAAAUUGGGUCAAGCAUGGAAUUCAUUCAGAAGCAUCUCUUACAACCCAUCACAACAUUCGAUAUUGGUCAAUGAAGGUAAUGACAGGUUCGGUUUAGUCAUACUACCAAAAAGGCCUACAGGUGCAGUGGACCCAUCUAGUGUGUUAGAGGAUGCUGGUAGUUUUGCUACGUUCGUUGCCCGUAAUAGAUUUGUUGUUUACAACAGAAUGUCAGAAUCCUUGGAGCUACGUACUUUGGAAAACACAGUGACGAAGACUUUGAAGAUUGAGGAACCCGUCAAAGAUAUCAUCAAUGCUGGUGCUGGUAGCGUGCUUCUUUUACAACCUAAACAAGUUGUUCUCUAUGAUGUACAACAAGGUAAGAAAUUGGCUGAAAUUUCGUUAAAGAACGUGAAGUACGUGUCUUGGUCCCCUGACGGCCAAUAUGCUGCUCUAAUGAGUAAGCACACCAUCACAAUCACAACAAAGAGACUUGAAUUGAUCAAUUCCAUGCAUGAAACCAUUAGAAUCAAAAGCGCUUGUUGGGACGAAACUGGCGUCUUAGUUUAUUCCACAUUAAAUCAUAUCAAAUAUAUUCUUCUCAAUGGUGAUAGCGGAAUUAUCAAGACUUUGGAAAACACUUUGUACAUCAACAAAGUUAAAGGGAAAUUUGUCUACGCCUUAGAUCGUGAAGGUGAAAUGGAAGUUUUGACCAUUGACCCCACUGAAUACCGUUUCAAAAAGGGAUUGGCCAACAAAAAUUUCCCUGAAGUCUUGCGUAUCAUCAAGAAUUCCAACUUGGUGGGUCAAAACAUCAUCUCCUAUCUACAGAAAUCAGGAUAUCCUGAAGUUGCUUUACAGUUCGUUCAAGAUCCACAAACUCGUUUUGAUUUGGCUCUAGAAUGUGGUAAUUUGGAAGUUGGAUUAGAAGAAGCUAAGAAAUUGAACAGCAAUUUGGUGUGGGAUAGAUUGAGUAAAGAAGCUUUGGUUCAAGGUAACACUUCACUGGUAGAAAUGAUUUACCAAAAUCAAAUGGCCUUCGACAAAUUAUCUUUCUUAUAUCUCUUGGUUGGUGAUACAGAAAAAUUAUCGAAAAUGGAAGCGAUUUCGGAGAACCGUGGUGAUAUUUUCGAUUUGAUUUCUGACACAUUUUACAAUAAUUCUACUUCAACAAGAGCAAGAGCAUUUGCUGAGGCUGGUUCCCUACCAUUGGCAUAUGCAGUGGCUAAGACAUCGGGCGAUGAAUCCGCUGCCGCCUCAUUUCUGGAACAAGAUGAAUUCGAUGAAAAUGACGUGGUACUACCUGACGUUGUCAAUUCUACUCCUGCUAUAAAAGCACCAGCUAUUUCUCAACCAAUUCAAAACUGGCCAUUGAAACAGGCUGAAUUAUCUUUCUUCGAGAAGGCCGUCCUUAACCAAAUUGAUGAUUUGAGUUUGGAGGAACCUACUGAAGAGGAAACCCUUGAAGAACAACCUAGAGCUCAAUCCGCUGAGGCCGUAUUUGAAGAAGAUGGUGUUGGUGAAGAAGGGGAUGCAUGGGAUUUGGGUAGUGAAGAUCUAGACAUUGGUGAAGAAGAACAGACGGAGGAACCUUCCAAGGAGGCUACUGUAGCACCUGAGGAAAGUGAAACCGCUACAUGGGUUAAAAACUCCAAAUUGCCUGCAAUUCUCAUAGCAUCUGGUGCUUUUGAUGCGGCAGCUCAAGCUCUUAACAAGCAAGUUGGUAUUGUGAACUUCGAGCCAUUAAGAUCUAAAUUUUUGAACAUUUAUGAAGGUUGUAGAACUUAUUUGCCUAGUACACCAGGUGAAGUUCCCUCCAUCGUCGGUUAUAUCCGCGCUGACGCUGAGGAAGAAGAUCCUACCAAAAUUCUACCACGUACACCUGAUGUUAGCACUGUUGCGGCUCAGAUGAACGAAGGUUUCAAAUUCUUCAAAGCCAACAAACUGGAACCAGCUAUCGAAUGUUUCCGUGAUGCCAUUUAUACCAUAACGUUACUUGCUGUUAACAAUGAAGAAGAUGAGAGGAUCGCUCGUCAAGCAUUACAAAAGGCAAGAGAAUACAUCCUAGGUCUUUCAAUUGAAUUGACUCGUCGUUCUCUGCCGGCUGAAGACGUUAAACGUAAUUUGGAACUAGCAGCCUAUUUCACGAGAGCAAAGCUUUCACCAGCACAUAGAAGUAAUGCCCUACAGGUUGCGAUGUCUCAAAGUUUCAAACACAAAAAUUUCGUCCUAGCUUCAUAUUUUGCAGAUGAAUUUUUGAAGAUCAUGUCGUCUGGCCCUCGUGCUGAACAGGCCGCUAAGGUUAAAGAUAAGGCUGACACCUUGGCUCAUGAUGCUGUGGAGAUCGAUUUCGAUCCUUACGCUGAAUUCGAUAUCUGUGCCUCUUCCUACACACCAAUUUACAAAGGUUCGCCAAGCGCAACCGAUCCAUUGACUGGUGCCAAGUACCACAUUGCUCAAGAGGGUAGUAUCGAUAAAAUUGCAUUGAUAUCCAAGAUUGGUGCCCGCUCUUCGGGGUUGAGGAUACUAUUGUGA